AAAACUGGUUUUCAACAUUCAAAUUUUAAAACACUUAAAGACACAAAAACAAUGAACUAUGUUCCCUCUUCCUAAACAAUUAAUCCAUGCCUUUGUUCUAUCAUUCAAUGAACUCCAUUCUCUCAAAAAUUUGUUUCCCUUAUGUCUGAAUCAUCUAAAUCAAAUUACAUAUAACAUACGAAGAUCCCUCAAAUGCAACUAAAAUGAUAUGGAAACUGGUUGUUCUUCCACAUCAAGUUCACACUUUAAAAGGAAAAAACCACAUCACCCUUCUCAUGACAAACUUGCACAUUCAUCUCCAGGUAUGCCCAAUUAAAGCCAUUAUUCUUUUCCAAACAACAAUACAUAUUUGGUAUAAUUUAUUUUGUUAAAUUUUGUAUUCUGAAUAUAUGAAAUGUCAUACUCACGCAGAUGAAAACAAUGGUCCAAGAAGAAUGUUCAAAUACUCCAAUAAAAGCAAUAACACAAAUUACCAGACUAUUAACUCCCAUUCAGGUAUGUUUUUCAUAGAUUAAAUUAUAUUCAUUACACUUAUUCAUAUUACAAACAGUUCCUACAAACCAUUGUCAUUAAAUUCAAUUUAGUAGGCUGGCUCGUGUUGGAUAAUCAGCAUAAAUCUAUACCACCAAACCAAACUCCUAUGCUUUCAUCCACUCAUAUCAGUAACCCCACCAAUUCAAAUUCAAAUGCACAAAAUGCAAAACUUGAAGUCUAUAGGGCUGCAAGAAUGAGGAGGACAGCAAAUUUAAAGUCCAAACGCACACCAAAUACCACAGGAUCUCAAAUUGAUAAAACUAACACUGCCAGACCAAAUGAAUCUGAAUCUGUAGUCAAUCAUUCAGGCAAUCCAAACUAUAAUAAAAGAAAACGAGGUCAUCUACAAGACAGCACACAUACACAAACAAGCAUUGACUCAGAAACAAUUAUCAUCACUAAGAAGAAACCAAAAAACAAAGUUGAAACCGAUGACAAUCCAAAUGAAGGAACCUCACAACAGUCUGUUCUAAACUUAGCUAAACAAGCAAGAUGUCGAAGGAAGACGACAUUGAAAACAAGGAGAACUUCAAAGAAAGCAACAGUUUCAGGUUAGAUCAUACUUAACAUCAAAAAUUAAAGAUCACCACUCAUGAUUACUAUGCAGGUAUAUAAACACAAACUAACACAGUUUAAAAAUCUAGACAAAUCUAAGGAAAAUGUAUCAGAUUCGUCGCACAUAAGACCCCCUGCAUUCUGUUUACAAGCAUUAGAAUCUGUGCCAAGUUCAUCCAACACUACUUGUGAUGGAAUCCAUUCAUUCCAUUUACAACCAAUACAAUUCACACAAAGUUCAUCAAACACUAUCUGUGAUGGAAUUCAUUUUGAAAGAAACAAAGCUUCACAUCAAAAUAUUCAUAGCCCGAAUGAAUCAUAUUUACACAGUAAAGGU